AAAGUGCUUCCAUUUGUCCUAAUUUGCUGUUGUUAAAAUCACAUAGCUGUGCGAACAUUUUUAGAAAUGUCAAUGGCUCAGCUUUUUCUCUUAUUGUUUCAGGAUAAACCAGCCCCAUCUGUGUUUAAAAUAUCUCACUAAAGACAGAAGUGCAUUCACAGACACUCUGGCAUCCAACAUUGACCUGAAACAUGAUAAUUACUUCUGAUUAUACAGUUGCUUUUGUUAUCAUCAUAAUUCAGAUUUAGGAUAUUGGUGAUAACGUUUGACUGCUUUUAUUUGUGUUUUAUAAUUGUCACCUGUAUGCUCUGUAAUUGAUGGGGUUGCAUAGUAAUUGUACACGUUUAUGUGUUCAGUGCUGCAGGAGGAGAGAUUUUUAACCAGUGUGUGGCUGAGAGGGACGAAGCCUUUAAAGAAGUGGAUGUGAAGAGACUGAUGAGACAGAUUCUGGAGGGUGUGGCCUUCCUUCACAAGAGAAACGUGGUACACCUGGACCUUAAGCCUCAGAACAUCCUCCUCACUAGUGAGUCUCCUCUCGGGGACAUAAAGAUUGUGGAUUUUGGCCUGUCGAGGUUGGUAAGCAGCAGUCAGGAGAUCAGAGAGAUCAUGGGCACACCCGAGUAUGUGGCACCAGAAAUCCUGAAUUAUGAGCCAAUAAGCACAGCAACUGAUAUGUGGAGCAUCGGUGUCCUCGCAUAUGUGAUGUUGACGGGCAUCUCUCCUUUUCUGGGGGAUGAUAAACAGGAGACCUUCCUCAACAUCUCCCAGAUUAAUGUCAGCUACACUGAGGAAGAGCUGGAGCACCUAGACAGAGCAGCUAUUCACUUCAUAAAGUCCCUGCUUAUCAAAGAACCAGAGAACCGCUUCACAGCAGAAGAGUGUCUCGAGCACCAGUGGCUUCAGAUCAAAGAAGAAGAAGAAGAAAAGGACGGGAGCACAUCUGAAAGUGUCUCUGAGCCUGCCAGCCCAGGGACCUCCAGCCACGAUGAAGAAGGGGAGGAUGAGGAGAGCUCUCAGGUGACAGAAGAGCUCAUCGUAAUGGCAGCUUACACCCUGGGUCAGUGUCGACAGUCCUCUGAUAAAGAGACUCUGACCCCCGACCAGAAGGCCAUCUCCAAACGCUUCAAGUUUGAGGAACCCUUCUCAGCCCUGCAGGAAGUUCCUGGAGAAUUCAUCUACUGAUUCCAGUUCAGCCAGAUACGCUCCCAACUAAUGCCGCACUUCAGACAAGAAACCUUUUCUAUGUCUUUUCUUUUCACUCACCUCAUGAUUUAAACUUGUAAGCCAAACAACUUUUGUCUUUUGUCUUGCUGGUUGCUCUUGUUUCUUUUGUUUAAUGUUUGUGCUGCUUAUAUUUACAGACGACUAAGCCUUGCUGUGACUCUCUCACUUUUCUUGUUUUUAUUUCCUUUAGGUGCCAUGCUUAUUUGUUAUGGGUAAUACAUAUUAAAGUUAUUAUUUUUGAUGAUAAUAAUUUUGUUCGUUUUCUUUUGGGUGCGUUUCGAUGCAUCUUUGUACAAAUUAUUGUUUUGGUUUUGUUGUUUUUACAAGUUUGUUAAAGAUUAUAAAGUCAUUUUAUAUGUCCAGCUUCUUUCAGGUCUUCCCUUGGCAAAAAAAAGCUUCCACAUCAAUAACAAAAUGUGUGUAAAUGUUUCCUUGUUUUGUUUUUUAACUCAUGUUAGAGUUAUAACUAUAAAUUGAUUUGUCACUAUAAAGAAUAUUUUUAAUGGCAACAUAUUACAAGGAGACUGUUCUGAUGCUGUAAAUAAAAGUUUGUCUUUACAGCAGUGACUCAUUAUUUUUUUGGUUGGGAAGUUCUGUAACUUAAAAGCUAUUACUGACAUAACACACAAUCACUUAUUUGGCUUCAAAACACCCCAUGCUAAAGAAUUUAGUUAAAGCUGGUUAAAAAUGUAUCUUAUAACUAGGUUUUAAUUACCCUUAUUUUCACCAAAUAACCUAUACAUUUUGU